GUUUCCCGCUGCGCAUGCGCUGUAUCCACGCCAGGUAAAAUGAAUCGAGCGUCGAAGUAAAAUCUAUUCGAAAGAGGAUGUGAAGGGCGCUCGCUUGGUGACGCAAAAGGGACGCGACGAAGCGGAGAGAAAAGAGGCAGACUUCCAGGCUCAUGGCGCCGGUGACGAAAAGGAGUGUUUCUUCGGGUUUGAAAGGAAAUGGAGGGUCGGAAAAGUCCAAAAAGCGGCCGUGGAGGAGGGACCCUCGUCAGGUGAAGGGCAGCGUCCAGGAAGGUAAAGGCUUUGCUUAUUGGAGAAAACAAAAGAUCCGACAUGAUUAUAAGAAAUUACUAAAAAAGGAAAGCAAUGCAAAUUCCAAGAAGGUUGAGUACACAGAAGAUUACCCAGAACACUUGAAACAUCUUUAUUUAGCAGAAGAAGAAAUGCUUAAGAAACAACAGAAACCUAGGAAUACUAGUCAAGAUAUACUGGAAGGAAAAGAGUCUAUAACACCAAAAUCCAAUAGAGUUGGGAGGCAAUUAAAAACAAAAACAGCAAACCAGAAAGCCAAAGAAGAUUAUGAGAGGAUAAAGGCAGAGCAAGAUCGAAAAAAAGAGGCAGCCAGACAAAGGAAGGAAGAAAGAGAGAAAGCAAGGAAACUCUAUAAACAGAAGAAAAUGGAGGCUUAUAAAAUAUUAAGUAAAAGAACCAAAAAAGGACAGCCAAAUCUAAACAUACAAAUGGAGUAUCUCCUUCAGAAAAUACAGCAGAACCCAUGAUCUUUUGAUUAUCAUUUUUUACAGGUGCAAAGCUGCUUUGAUAUUUUCUUCUUCCUGUAAGUGCCUCCUCCUUUACUUUUGGGAUAUAACUUUUGUUAAUUUUGUUAAUUUAUGACUCAAAGGUUGCAGAAUAAAACAUGUUGGCAAACUCU